AUGGGUUUUAUUGAUGAUUUUCAAGCAAGGGAUGCUUUGACAGACAAUGCUGUGGAAAAUGGUAAGGAGAUUCAUUUUAAGAGAGCAAAUAGGAAGCAAUUUGAGGCAGGUUGUAAGAGUCCUUGCAAAUGGUUCUGUUCCGGGAGUUUAGUGAAGAUGAAUGGAUCUGUAGUGAUAAAGAACCUUGAACCUGAACACACAUGUCCUAGAGCUAUGAGGAAUAAGAUUGUGACCUCCAAUUGGAUAGCCAGAAAAUACUUGCAUGUGUUUAGAAUUAGGCCAGAGUUCAGUUGCAAAGAGUUGGGUAGGGACUUGAUGCAACGGUUUGCAUUUGAUGCAACCAAAUGGAGGCUAUACCACUCUAAGAGAAAGGCAAUUGAGAUGCUGAGGGGAACCGUGGAAGCUCAUUAUGCUAAAAUAAGGAUCUAUAUUCUGGAGUUGAGCAAGUCUGACAGAGAAGGGAGGUUUGAACUACAUGUAGAUGUAGGUUCUGUUUUCAAGGCAUUGUACAUUGGGUUCAGUGGUCUAAGAAAGGGUUUCAAGGAGGGGUGCAGACCUGUGAUUGGUCUAGAUGGGGCUUUCCUUAAGACUUAUCUUGGUGGUAUAUUGCUAACAGCGGUUGGGACUGAUGGAAACAACCAAAUGUACCCCAUUGCAUGGGCAGUGGUUGAGGCUGAAAAUGAAGUUUGCUGGACUUGGUUCAUCAAAAUUGUUGCUGAAGAGUUGGAAUUGGGUGAAGGGGUAGGAGUUACCAUUAUCAAUGAUCAACAGAAGGGACUGGAGAAUGCAGUACAAAGUCUACUUCCAUUAGCUGAGCAUAGAAACUGUGCAAGGCACAUCUAUACAAACUGGAAGAAAACACACAAAGGUCCUCUGUUGAAGCAGCAUUUCUGGAAGAUAGUUAGGAGUACUUACCUGGAGGAGUAUGAGCUUGCUUGCAAAGAGCUUGAGAAGGAAGAUGGCCAAGCAUAUGCAGAUUUGAUGGAUAAGAAUCCAAGCAGAUUCUGUAAGGCAUUUCUAACCCCUGGCAACUGCUCCGAUGUCAUUCUAAACAAUGUUUGUGAAUGUUUCAAUUCCUAUAUACUCGAAGCAAGAAGUAAGCAUGUGUUAGAUAUGCUAGAUGAUAUGGGAACCAAACUAAUGGAGAGGCUUUAUAGAAAGGGGAUAGAAGUGGAGACUAUUGGAAGUGAUUCAACUGUGUGCAAAAAGGUCAGGAAGAAAUUAGAAGCUAUGGUAUAUGAAAGUAGAAACUGUACCACAAUUCCUGCGGUUGGGGGGAAAUUUGAAGUUGGACAUUUUGAAGAUAGGUUUGUAGUGACUCCUUCCUUAAAGAUGUGUGGGUGUAGGAAAUGGGAUUUGACUGGCAUCCCAUGUAUUCAUGCAUGCGCUGCUAUUCAUUUUCUCAAGCAAAAUGUUGAUGAUUAUGUGCAUGAAUACUACUCCUUGAGGAAGUACAUGAAGGCAUAUGGAUAUGGGUUACCAGCAUUGAAUGGAGAGAAGCUCUGGCCUCAGGCUGAGGGGUACCCCGUUGUGCCUCCUCCUGUGAAGAAGAUGCCCGGCAGACCGAAGAAGGUUAGAAGGAGAGAUCCGUUCGAGAAGGAUCCUGCCAGACCCAACAGAAUGAAGAAGAUCUGUGUGAUGACAUGCCAGAAGUGUUUACAAGAAGGCCACAACUCCAGAACUUGCAAGAAUGAGCCAGUUGUAGUGCAACCGAAGCCAAAGGCGAAGAUGGGGAGGCCUCGCAAGACACCAUCCCUUGAAGGAAGUGGCACCACCGCAAUUACGGGGAGAGGUGGAAGAAGGGGAGGCCGUGGAGGAGGCCGUGGUGGAGGGCGCACUGGAGGACGUGGCUCAAUCCCAACGCAACAAAGCAUUAACAACAAUGUUUGA